AUGGGACUCAACGAAUGCCAGACCUUUAUAGCUAAGUUUGACGUCACAACUGAGCUGGCUGGCUACCCCAAAGCAGUGUUACUUAUGUUAUGCCCUGAUCAUGACAACUUCGACGUCGUUGUGCAGAUCCGCAAGAUCGACAACAAAGGCCGGCAGCUCUCACAUCUCAACUAUCCUUGUCCUGCUGCUAUUGACCAGGUACCUGAUGUAAACACGGCCAAAACCUGGGGUCCGCAGGGCUUCCUCCGAGCUUCACACCACAUCUCUCUCAAUGCAGAGGGCGGACUCAUUGUGUCCGACGACUCGUCACACGAGACAGACGUUUUUUACAGCCACCGCGUUCGACAGCCCAUCACUCCAGGUACAACUGUCCGCAUUGAGAUCCCCAUCUGGCCGAUUGGGCUGUGUUUGCUGCUGAACCAGAAGAUGAGAAUAUCGGGCGGCAUCAUGUUCACACAGGAGGGAAGUACGACAGCCAUUUGA